AUGGAGAACCAGACUUACAUGAAUGGAUUCCUCUUGUUACCAUUUUACGCAACAUCAAAUUAUAUAAUGCCAACUAUAUGUAUAUUUUUCCUCCUCUACAUAUUUGGAGUGCUCAUUAAUGCUACUAUAAUAACAGUGAUAUACAUUGAUUACCAAUUACACACCCCCAUGUACCUAUUUCUCUGUAACUUGGCCUUAAUAGAUAUCUGUUAUACAACCAUUACUGUCCCUAACCUGCUGUACAUGUUACUAUCCGGAGAUAAUACAGUGUCCUUCAUACAAUGCUUAACCCAGAUGUACUUUUAUUUUUUGGCUGAUUCAUCAGAGAUUUUUCUAAUAUUCAUUAUGGCAUAUGACAGAUAUGUUGCUGUAUGUGAUCCUUUACAUUAUCACACCAUUUUAAAUAGGAAAAAUUGUCUUGUAUUUGCAUCUGGCACUUGGAUAUCAGGAUGCUUAAAUGCUUUUGUAUUUACAAUCCCAGUGUCACACAUGUCCUUCUGUCAGUCUCGCACCAUACACCAGUUUUUCUGUGAUGCUAAAGCUCUGCUUAACAUCUCCUGUGCUGGCAGUGAAGAAUUUUAUACUGUGCUUUAUAUGGAAAUAUUGUUAUAUGGAACUUUUCCUAUCAUGUUCUGUUUAACAUCAUAUAUAAAAAUUAUCAGGGUCAUCUUGCAGAUAAAAUCUAAGGAAGGAAGGAAGAAAGCCUUCUCCACCUGCUCAUCCCACCUCACCGUUGUCAUUAUGUACUUUUUGAUGGCUAUGUCUGUGUACAUGAUGCCACCAUCAGAAUACUCUGCUGUCCUAGAACCAAUAUUUACUGUAUUGUAUUCAGUUGUAACACCCAUGAUAAAUCCUCUGAUAUACAGUCUACGAAAUAAAGACAUGAAAUCUGCUCUGCGGAGACUGCUGGGGGGAAAACAGAGUUUUGAACAAUGA